GCUAGCCACUAACAGCUGGUGGCUACGAGGGGAGUAACGCUGGUUUAACUAACUAAAUGUACGGUAUUCUGACAUAGUUUAACUUCAGUCUCGGUGGCAGGCCUUACCUGUCCGUAUGACACACAGUUCAAGGAUUUUAAUUUCGUCCACUUCAUGGCCGAAGACAAUCCGGCGGUUUUCCUGAUUUUCGACGCGCCGGUGGAGACCUGUUUUCGGUGUGAAGUGCCUCCCAUCUCCCUGCCACUGUGAACCUGGAAGAACAACGCCGCCUUGUGACAAACAUCCGACAUGACAGGGGUUUGCGGUUGUUGCGGGGCCCUCAGGCCUCGGUACAAGAGGCUGGUGGACAACAUCUUCCCAGAAGACCCAGAGGAUGGGCUGGUGAAGGCCAACAUGGAGAAGCUGACAUUCUACGCCCUGUCAGCUCCUGAGAAGCUCGACCGUAUCGGAGCCUACCUGUCUGAGAGAUUGUCAAGGGAUGUGGCCCGACACAGAUACGGCUAUGUGUGCAUAGCCAUGGAAGCCCUGGACCAGUUGCUGAUGGCCUGCCACUGUCAGAGCAUCAACCUGUUUGUGGAGAGUUUCCUCAAGAUGGUGCGCAAGCUGCUCGAGUCCGACAAACCCAACCUGCAGAUCCUAGGAACCAACUCGUUUGUGAAGUUUGCCAACAUCGAAGAGGAUACACCAUCAUACCACCGCAGCUAUGACUUCUUUGUGUCACGCUUCAGUGAGAUGUGCCACUCCAGCUACGAGGACCCUGACAUCCGCACCAAGAUCCGCAUGGCAGGUAUCAAGGGCUUGCAGGGUGUUGUGAGGAAGACUGUGAAUGAUGAGCUGCAGGCCAACAUCUGGGACCCUCAGCACAUGGACAAAAUUGUCCCCUCUCUGCUUUUCAACCUGCAGAGUGGAGAGCGUACUGAAAGCCGCUCCCCCUCUCCGCUGCAGGCGUCAGAGAAGGAGAAGGAAAGCCCGGUGGAGCUGACGGAGCGCUGCUUCAGGGAGCUCCUGGGACGAGCCGCCUAUGGCAACAUCAAGAACGCCGUCACGCCUGUGCUGAUGCACUUAGAUAACCACUCUCUAUGGGAGGGAAAGACCUUUGCAGUGCGUUGCUUCAAAAUCAUCAUGUAUUCGAUCCAGUCCCAGCACUCUCACUUGGUAAUUCAGCAGCUACUCGGUCAUCUGGAUGCUAACAGCAAGAAUUCAGCCACAGUGCGAGCAGGGAUAGUGGAAGUUCUGCUGGAGGCAGCCGCCAUCGCUGCCAGUGGCUCUGUGGGCCCCACCGUGUUGGAGGUGUUUAACACCCUGCUGCGGCAGCUCCGCCUCAGCGUGGACUACGAGUUGACCGGAUCCUAUGACGGCAGCGUCAACAUUGGCACCAAGAUAAUCAAAGCUCACGAGGAGAGGCAGCUGCAGGAGGCUGUCAUCAGGACCAUCGGUUCAUUUGCGAACACUCUACCAACAUACCAGAGGUCAGAGGUCAUGCUCUUCAUUAUGGGAAAGAUCCCUGUCCCUGGGGUUCACCCAGCUCUGCCCUCCUCAGGAUCUGGGCCUGAAGGUACCAGGAUGAUCCAGGUUAUGUUACUGAAGUCCUUGGUCCAGGUGACGGCAGGUUUCCAGACCACCAACAUGCUGACAGCACUUCCCAGCUCUUUCCUGGAGCCGCUGCUGUCCUUCUCGCUGACAGAGGAUCCAGAGAUCCGGCUGCUGGUGCUCCAAAUCCUUCUUAGUCUCAUCGACAGGCACGACAACACGCCCAAGUUCUCCAACAUAAGCAUCAUCUCGGAUAUCUCUGUGCUCAAGCUCAAGGUUGACAAGUGUUCCAGACAGGACAACUUAUUCAUGAAAAAGCACGGCCAGCAGCUGUACAGACACAUCUAUUUAGGCUGCAAGGAGCAGAGCAGCGGUCGGCAGCACUACGAGACUCUCUUCGCUCUGCUGGGUCUUCUCAGCGUGGAGCUGGCCAACGAAGAGGUGGUGGUGGACCUCAUUCGCCUGGCGCUCGCCUUGCAGGACCUGGCUCUGUCCACCGACGAGGCCAUGCCUGUCUUUAACCGUUGUGCUGUUCACGCCCUCGCCGCAGCCUACCUCAACCUCAUCUGCCAGCUCACCACCGUUCCAGCCUUCUGCCAGCACAUUCAUGAGGUGAUUGAGGUGAGACAGAAAGAAAGUCCCUACCUUCUGCCUGAGGAUGUCUUCAUUGAUAAUCCCAAGCUGCCCUCUUCACUGGAGAAGGUAGAAGGGGAAGUUUUGUUCCUUCAGUCGAAGAUCACCGAGGUCCUCGGAGGUAGUGGUUAUAAUACAGACAGACUGGCUACGCCUUACAUCCCCCAGUAUACUGAUGAGGACCGUCUAUCCAAGAGAAAGAGUAUUGGGGAGACCAUCUCGCUGCAGGUGGAGGUGGAGUCCCGAAACAGUCCCGAGAAAGAGGAGAGGACACCGGCAGAGGAGAUCACAUUUGAAACCCUGAAAAACGCCAUCGUGGACAGCGUGGGUAUGGAGGAGCAGGAGAGGGAACGCAGGAGACAAGUGGUGGAGAAGUUUCAGAAGGCCCCGUUCGAGGAGAUAGCUGCCCACUGCGGUGCCAGGGCCACACUACUGCAGAGCAAACUCAAUCAAAUCUUUGAGAUUACAAUCAGACCCCCGCCGAGCCCAUCUGGAACCAUCUCGUCAGGUUACGGCCAAAGCCAGAGUCGAUCUGUCCCCAUCUAUGAGAUGAAGUUUCCCGACCUUUGUGUGUACUAGAGCAGACGAUCCACAUAGAAGUUACAUUUCACAUUUGAAGACAGUAAAGUGAGUAAGGGGAGGGGGGAUGGGAUGGAACCAAUCCUCACUGUAAAAGCAUCUUGAUGAGGAGGAAACCGCAGUUGCUUGAAGCCAACUAAAGAACAAGCCAGUUGAAAAAAACUUAGCUGACAGAUGUUUUUUGCUGCCAAAACAAGCCGGCUAAAGUCAGUAAAUGCAGCAGUAAAGCAAAGUUUAAUUUCACUUAACGUUAUCUUUACUUAUGUCUGUUGAAACUCCACUGGCUGGACUUUCAAAUUAGAAAAUUGCCAAGAACUGUGCGGACCAACUGAGUAACAGAAUGAAAGUUUAUUUAUUGGCUUUAGGAUGAUUGACUCGUUGCAUGCCGUGUAACUGGACAUUUUUUUAUAGCACUGCUAUUCCUUUGACCCUUACAGGGUGCCAUACGACCCAUGAUCACAAAAUUAGACUCGUCUUGCUUAUUUCUCAUGUCAUUUCAUGUUUUUGCUUGUUGAUUUUACAACCAGAAAGAAUUUAUAUCUAUUAGACACAUUUUAAUUUACUUGUCAGUGUAUUUUUUGUGUAUGUUCAAAUGAAACACGGAUAGAUUUAUGAAGCUGCCCCCCCCCAAUCUAAUGUUACUCAGCUCUCAAACAUCUUAUUGUCGGUGUUCUUUUCGCCUUUUUAGUGUAAGCCAAAAGUGCUUUUUCUGUCUUGACUGGCUUUUAUUUCCUGCUCCUGAUUUUAGUUUUUGAUGAAAGAUAACCGUCUGAUCUGUGUGCUGUCGCUUCCAAAGUGAGUGUGCCUUACAGGUGACUCAAGUUAAAACAUACACAAUGUAACACACACUGCGCCACAGUCACGUCCACACUAAACUAAACUGAAGUGUUUACUGUGAUGUUUACCAGAUCUAACACUAGAGGAUAAAUUAGGGAUCUUUUAUUUUUCUCCUUUCCAUAUAAAUGUGUAUAUACAGAGAAAUAUAUAAAUCUUUAAGCUGAUGUACAGAGUAGGGACGUUUGUGUUUGUAUAUAUGCUGUAUAUUAACUUUAAUUUUAGACUGCCACUGCACUGAUUGUGUCCACAGAUGAGGGAGGAAGCUACUUGUUGAAAUCUUGCUUUCAAAUCAGUAACAAAGCAACACAUGGAAUCAAAAAGGUGUAUUGACAACAGCCCAGAGUAGAAAACCUGCGUCAGGCCAGUAGAUAACAAUCUUUGAAGAAAACUCCUUCAACUUCAUUUUUUUUAAGCUACAGAUUUUAGCACGGCAGUCAUGACCUGUCCGCCUCCAGGUAGUGCAUACUCAUUCAGCAAGAUUUAAAUAAGUCUAAAAGCCAUUUUUUUGUGUGCACAUACACGCACACACACAGGUAUGAAAACAAAGUAUAAUGGCAAUAAUUUGGCACUAGCCUGGCUAACGCGGCCCAACCGUUGGUAGCACAUCCUUUCGUGUGUUUUAAAAUCGUACCUUCUGUACCUUUGUACCGUCGUGGUGCUGUGAUGGGUCAGUUUUGUGAUGUUGUAAGAGACCGCCCCCCCCUUCCCUCUCCUGCGCUUCUGUGACUUAAUGGCAUCGGGCUUGAAAUGUGUCGCAGCCAUCUUGUUUAAUGUAAACCACAAAGUCCGGUUUGUCCCUGAUCGUCAUGUGUUACAGUCUCAUCAUUUUUUUUUUUUUCAAUGUAGUGUCCUCUGUAUGUAUAUUUAUGUCCCCACACGCCGGUGUAUCUGAUUGUCGACCUUUUUGUCAGUGCAGGUGUGUGAGUGAGUGUAUUUGUCCAUGCAGCAGCAGAUGUGUGUCUUUUAUUGUCAUGACACAAGACCAAACUCUUCAAACACAGUUUACAGUUUUUUCGUCUAGUGUCUCUUCGCACCACGUUAGUGAGGAGCGAGCUAUCUAAGAGCAAUGUGCAGCUGUCUAAACCUUCCAGUGACACCAUGUAAAAUUGUCUUUUCAGCGACCUCGCAGGGCGCUGUAAAUCUACCGGUGUGCUUGUCGUCAUUGCAUAGCGUAAUGUAAUAUUAACUGACGGUAAUCCAACCUUACUUUUGUCAUUACAUGUCUGGUUGAUAGAUCUGUUUACAAUGUAGUGCUGUAGGUCAAAUCUAUUCAUUCUGUGAACUUUGCACUUUAAAAACUGGAUUACCUAGUGACAAAGGCAGCUUUUACUUGGAGAAAAUGCCUUAUGAGUGUCAUACCUGACUUUGCAUGCUAGUGAUGUUGCUGUGUUGUACAAUAAAUUUGUCUGUAACCACAAA